UUUCGAUCCAGAUUGGCCCUUUUCAACUAUCAAUAUUAAAUAAGAGAAUAAAAAAAAAAUUAAGGGAGAAGAAGCAUUGGCAGCCAUUAGUUUUAUUUAAAGUUCAACGCCGGGUCUCUAUCAAGUGAUCCUCCUUACUUGUGUUGUGUAUUGGCCGGAGACGCGCCGCCGUCCAUGGCUGCUCCGAGCAUGGGGUCUUUGAGGCAAAGCUUUGUAAACAGGAGUAAAGACAGAUUGCUCUCCAGAAAGUAUUACUCCGGCGGAGCAUUUGAUGACUCUUUCGUCUCCCUCUCCCGCGAAGGCUGCUGCCAUCGGAUUUCUCAAGCGCUUUCCGAUUGGUGGAACUAUGCCAAGGGUUUUGCAAUCAGUGCGUACGGAAUGGGAAGAUCCGAUCCUAGAAAGGCAAUUUUUGCCGCCAAGAUGGGAUUCGCCUUGUCUCUCGUUUCAAUCCUUAUUUUCUUCAAAGAGCCGAUGAGUUACAUUAGCCAGCAUUCGAUUUGGGCGAUUCUCACUGUGGUAGUAGUCUUCGAGUUCAGCAUAGGUGCUACUCUGAGCAAAGGUUUCAAUCGUGCCCUAGGGACCUUCUCUGCCGGAGCUCUAUCUCUAGGGAUUGCAGAGCUGUCUGUGUUGGCCGGUCCGAUGCAAGAGGUGGUGAUUGUGAUCAGCAUUUUCAUUGCCGGCUUUUUUGCUAGUUAUUUGAAGCUGCAUCCUUCUCUUAAGCAAUACGAAUACGGUUUUAGGGUGUUCUUGUUGACAUUUUGCAUCGUUUUGGUAUCCGGAAGAUCGAAUUUCUUCCAAACAGCAUCUUCCAGAUUGGUGCUGAUUGCAGUCGGUGCCGGCGUUUGUUUGCUUGUAAAUGUGUGUAUAUUCCCCAUCUGGUCCGGCGAAGAUUUGCAUAAACUAGUUGUGAAGAACUUCAAGGGAGUUGCUACGUCUCUAGAUGGCUGUGUAAAUAUGUACUUGCAAAGCGUCGAAUACACGAGGAUUCCAUCGAAAAUCUUGGUGUACCAGGCAUCUGAUGAUCCCCUGUACAAGGGGUAUCGAACUGCUGUCGAGUCGACUAGCCAAGAAGAAUCUCUGUUGAGUUUCGCAGUAUGGGAGCCGCCUCACGGGCGUUACAAAAUGUUCCGGUACCCAUGGCACGAAUAUGUCAACGUAAGCGGUGCUCUAAGGCAUUGUGCAUUCAUGGUGAUGGCGAUGCACGGAUGUAUACUCUCCGAAAUACAGGCGCCAUCUGAAUUACGACAAGUCUUUAGGGAUGAGAUUCGGAGGGUCGGAACCGAGGGAUGUAAAGUGCUACGGCUGCUCGGCGAAAAGGUAGAUAAGAUGGAGAAAUUACCGGCCGGCGAUGUGCUCAAGGAGGUUCACGAAGCAGCCGAGGAUUUGCAGCUGCUGAUCGACCAAAAAUCGUUUCUUCUGGUGAGGGCCGAGAGUUGGGCAAGCGAGAAACGACCGGAGAAAUUCAAAGAUCCCGAACGGCUACAAGAGCUUAAGGACAACGAAAACAAGCCGCCGUUGAUGAGCUCGCUGGCUGACUCGACUAAUACGAGAUCGACGCAGACAUUGCGUAAUUACGAUGCGCAGAACCCGAACGCGAGCUAUAACAUGUCGUGGGGUUCUGGAACGGAUCUUUUUCGACAGCAGACUAUGUGGCCGUCGCGGCUUUCGCUCAUCGGGGAAUCUGCUAUUCCCAACGAGCGCGAAGCGCAGACGUACGAGAGUGCGAGCGCAUUGUCUCUUUCGACUUUUACGUCUCUGCUCAUUGAAUUCGUGGCACGGCUCGACAACAUUGUGAACUCGUUCCGAGAACUCAGCGAGAAAGCCCGAUUCAAGGAGCCUGCUGAUCAUUUAUCCAGAGCGGGAACCGUCGACCGCGGCUCCUGGGGCAGACGGCUUUUGCGAUGCAUCUGCUGCUGCAAUAAUUGAUUGAUCGAGAUCGAUCGAUCACUCGUUCGAUUAAUCGAAUCGAAUAUUUCUCAAAAGUUAUGUUUUGUUACAUACUUAUAAUACCAAAGAGAAUGCCGGCUUCAAAUACUACGGUGUUGUUAUUCAGAAAAACUUCAGGUUCUUUCGAUUACGAGUAUCUCUUAACAUCAAAAACCAGAUGAACGGACGGAUAGGAUUCAAGAUCAAGAAGAAGCCUGCGCUGCCGUCGAUUUUCCGGCAACCAUCGCCAAAACUGACUCCGACUCCUCCGGAAACACACCGAGCUUCCACAGGAGCCUUUCGACCAGCUCGCCGGCAGCAUACGACACCCCCGACGCCAUCAGCCCGAGGAUCACGAACGACGCGACUGAUUUCAGGUAACGUUUCGGCGGGCGCUGCACGUACGCUUUUGCGACGGCCAGCCCGGAAAUGCAGACAACGGAAGCUGCCGCGACGACCACCAGUUUCAGCUGCUUAUCGUCUGUCCUCCGGAACGAAAGACCGUACGCCACUGGAGGCACCAGCCCGAAAAGCAGGUACGACGUUACGACAGCCACCGCGUGGAUUACGAAAUUCUCCCUCCGGCCGAGGACAUCCCUGUAACGAUCCCUUCGAUCGAUCGGUUGC